AUGUCUUCUCCUACCGACACUCAGCCCAAGGCCUCUUUCGACGGUGAGCGUCGUCGCUCCUCUGGUGGUCUCUUCAACAACAUCCUCUCUCAAAAGCGCAGCCCCGACAACGCUGCCUACUCUGCCCGUCGCUCAAGCAUUGAGGAGCAGGGUCCACCCAAGGGCAUGCUCGGAAAGAUGUGGGACAAUGCUGUCAGAGGUGUCGGUCCCAAUGCUCAGAAGUAA